UAGAUAUACCGCAUUAUACCGCACAGAUAAUAGACGAAGCACAUGUUUAAUAUGUACAAGAAAAACGCUGAACAUACGCGCUGAUAGGGUCAAAUGUCUUUUUCACAGCAGAGCUGAGACAAGACAGCAGAGGCACCGAGCAGUUUGAAGAAUGGCGCAAUGGCAAAAUAAAUAACUAAAUAAAUAGUACAGAAGCCGACAAAUCGUGGCAUUAAAAGAUUGUGAGAUCUAGUGUUGCCUUGUGAAAUUUGCCUUGGGAAAUCUUUCCUUGUAUUGUCAGCAAUUCCAUUUAAAGGUAAUAAUGUCAAAAUGCUGAAGAUGGUUAAAUUAAUGAUGAGGAAGUUGGAGCAUCGAAUUUUAGCGAGACCAGCGAGAACAGCUUCAAACCGGUUUCAGCGUUUGCCAACAAAAGCGGCACCUACAGCACUUUGGGCUUUUAGUGGAGCCAGAGCAGACCGGCUGGGCACCGUGUCCUACGUCUCCAAUGCUCAAACUGAACAUAUGCCUAACGUUAUCUAAUGUUUUAUUGUCAGUCGUACAAAACGGCAUGAUAUCACGAACAUUUUGCCUAGUGCGCCAAAGAGCCAGUUCAACACCUUACUGCGCUCUUUAGAACGGCGUUAUUACUGCGACUGGCUGCAAAUAUUUGGGAUCUCCUUCAAGAACUCAGCAUCUAAUGAUGAGUCCUCAGAACUCAAAGCAAGCCCUGGAUGGGGGUUGGGGCUGGGCCAUAGUGGCAGCCUCAUUCAUGGCUCAGCUUCUGGCCUAUGGCUCCCCCCAGUCUGUGGGGGUGCUCUACCCAGAGUGGCUGAGUGCUUUCCAAGAGAGCAAGGGGAUGACUGCAUGGGUUGGAUCGUUAGUGUCUGGGAUUGGACUUAUUGCCAGUCCCAUCUGCAGUGUUUGUGUGGUGAACUUCGGUGCCAGGCCAGUCACCAUUUUUAGUGGUGUCAUGAUCUCUGGAGGCCUCAUGCUCAGCGCCUUCGCGCCAAGUGUCCACUUCCUCAUGUUCUCCUACGGUGCCAUUGUUGGAAUAGGUUGUGGACUUCUGUAUGCUGCUACUGUGACCAUCACAUGCCAGUACUUUGACAAAAGGCGGGGCCUCGCUCUUGGCAUUGUUACAAUGGGCACAAGUGUUGGGGGAUUCCUUUAUGCCACUGGCCAGAACGAACUCAUUGAGCUUUUCGGCCUUGAUGGCUGCUUGCUGCUCAUCGGCUCCUUUGCACUGAACAUCGUCGCCUGUGGUGGGCUGAUGAGGCCUUUGCACUUGCCGGCGUACUACCUCAAGCAGAGGGCCGCCCUGGUCGAGCUGUCCAAGGACAAGCUGAGGGAGAUGGCCCUGGAGAGAACCGGCUCCAUUAGAAAGAGCCUGGCCGACCCACUAAUCGCGGCCGAGGCCGGUGCCCCGUUGACCCACAAGCGGAAGAAAACCCUGAGCUGCUCCACCCUGGCCGAGCUGUUCAAAACUCUGCAGAGAUGUUGCUCAGAGUAUACGCGAUCUCUGGUGGCACGGCUGAGUGAGCGUGUCUUCGUGGCCAUGUGCGCCGCCCUGUUCCUCUACAGCCUGGGCGCCUUCCCGCCGCUCCUCUUCCUGGAGGAUGUGGCACAGAGCCAGGGCCUGAUGGAGGGCGUCAGCGUCAUCCCGCUGGUCUCCAUCUUUGCCGUGGCCGGCGGCGUGGGCAAGCUGCUGCUGGGUGUACUGACCGAUGUGCGCUGGAUUAACAGCGCCGUCCUCUAUGCCUUCACGCUAGUGGGCAGUGGCGCGGCGCUGCUGGCCAUCCCCGGCACCAGGAGCUAUGCGGGCCUCCAGGUCAUCUCGUCCGUGCUGGGGUUCUUCUCAGGGAACUGGUCCAUCACACCCUACAUGACCACCAAGGUGGUGGGAGUGGAGCGUCUCACCGAAGCGUACGGGAUCUUGAUGUUCUUUGGCGGGAUGGGGAUCAUGCUGGGGCCACCAGUCGUGGGCUGGAUCUAUGACUGGCUGCUCUCCUACGAACUGGCCUUCUAUUCCAGUGGCAGCUGUGUACUGCUGGGUGGAGUGGUGCUACUGUUCUCCGCCCUGCCCUGCUGCACCGCCCGCCAGGAACCAGCCACCCAGCUCGAAUCUGAGUGCACUAAUGACAGAGUGACUGCCGUUGCAUGAGCGGCCGACCUUUGCCCUCCCUGUUCAGUUGCCUUCCCAAGACCUCUUCCGAGCAGGAGGCCGAUUUUGGUUAAUCUACUUUCUUAGAAUACUUUUUGCCUUAUUUUUGAUUUCUGGAUUUCUGUAAUUUGACUCAGAAUUUUGAAUAGACUUUUAGAAAACACCAAACACCAUCUUUAGCAGAUAGAUUUUAGCUGGUUCAGGUCUCCUAGUUUUAUGCGGUGGUAACUGAGAUCACCAUGUCCUGCCAAACGUCUCAGAGUAUUAUUUUAUUUACGAGAUAAAAAACAUACAUCUGAGAUGCUUGUAUGCAUUUUUACACAUAUGCAACACUACACCUAAGGUUUUAACAUUGUAACAAAUAUUUUUAAGUAUAAUGCAUUUUAAUGUGAAUAUUGCACCAAAGGUAUUUUUGUUUUAAUCAUCCUAGACAAAGGUGGAAUUGAUACAUAACAAAUCAUUUGUAAAGCACAAGGCUUUUUUACGCUGCUUCGAUUUUAAUAGUCAUGUUGUCCAUGUAGUUUUGGCCUUUCUGUAUCAGAAAUAGGGUACAAGGUGACUGAGAAAUUGUGUGUGUGCAUGUGCGUGUGUGUGUUGGAUAAAGUUUCUAGUCAAUUGGGCCUGACCUGUUUUCAAGAAAACUGGUUUAUAGCAAUAUGUAUGUAUCAUGAACAUGUUUUGUCUAAUAAUCUUCAUUCUGUUUACUCUUGAAGACAGUUUUAACUUGCACUGAUAUAGAUCACAGUGUUGAUGUUUCUGAUGUCUUUGUCUCUUAGUUGUUACUUGAGCAUCUCUAUGAUGUUAUUGUUGUAAAAUCCUGACAAACAUCAUAGAACAAACCUUUGGUCAUAGUGCCCUUACACUGUGGUGUGUGAUGGACCCUUACACUGUCUUAAACAAUGUGACGCAGCCUGUAUUAUUUAUGUAUUUAUGUAUGUUUCUUACAAUGCCAUUCUCACUUUAUAAGGUGAUGUUUUUGAAAUACAAUUAAAAAUCGCAAAGAAUUGCA